AACAUUACAGUCAAGGAUCUCAGCUCAUUUUAAUGCUGGAGUGCAAGUGUGGCAAGCUAUCUAAGUCGGCAAACAUGGAGGCUCAGCGUGCAGGUGUCUCAGAGGACAAUACCCCUUUGUCAACAACCAGUACGGGCUAUGUUUUUCCAGAAGGAAAAAUUAUGCCAAACACAGUCUUUGUUGGUGGCAUUGAUAUAAAGAUGAAUGAAGCAGAAAUCCGGAGUUUCUUUGAACGAUAUGGUACUGUGAAAGAGGUGAAAGUAAUCACUGACCGAUCUGGAGUUUCCAGAGGGUAUGGAUUUGUAUCUUUCCUGGACAAUGUGGAUGUUAAAAAAAUUGUGGAAUCACAAAUCAACUUCCACGGCAAAAAGCUGAAGCUGGGGCCGGCAAUUAGAAAGCAACAAAACUUGCGUUCUUAUGUACAUCCCAGCCCAGUAAUCCUCAAUCCUGCACCACAGUUCCAUAGUGUAUGGGGUAAUCAGAAUACAGAGGUAGUUAUGCAGCCUCCAGCUGUAAUGAGCCCAGUAACACAGUAUGUUCAGACAUAUCCAUACAGUUCACCAGCUUUAUUGAUACAGCAGCAAGUUCCUGUAGGAUACCAGCCAACCUACAACUAUCAGGUUCAACCACAAUGGCUUGCUGGGGAGCAAAGAAAUUAUGUUAUGCCUCCGGUUUAUACUUCAGUAAGCUAUCACUGCACUGAGGAUCCAGAAUUUAUACAGACAGAAUGUGCUGUUCCAGAGCCUGCACAGUCGUCUGCCAACAGUCCACAAAAGAAGUCUGUGGACAGAAGCAUACAAACAGCAGUAUCUUGUCUGUUUAAUCCUGAGAGCCGCCUGAGGAACACCUUUGUAUCGCAGGAAGACUACUUUAAGGAGAGGAAGGUGCAUCACUUCAGAAGAGGAAGAGCAGUACUCAAAAGUGUUUGAUGAACAAAGACUUUAAGAGUAUCUAAAUUCAUUAAUUUGAUGUUACUACAGUUCAGUUGAGCAAUGUAUGCAGUAUAACCUUUUUCAAAAUGUUGCUUCCAGUUGAAGUUUGUGUUCCUGUUCUACCUGUUUUGAUAGUUGUUUUUGCUUGAGUAGCUUGAAGUUUAAAGUUAAAAGUUG